AUGGACCUCCGAAAACAGUGUCAGAUGAAAAAGGUUAAUUAUAAAAACGAUGAUACCAAUGAAAUUGAGGGCAAUGUUUCUUCAAAGGAACAUAGCAGUGGAAAUACUCAACGCAGUCGCUCCAACAGCUCCUCUUCCUCGAGCUCUUCCAAUAGCAGUACAAGUUCUUCAUCAUCUACUUCAUUCAUUGAAGAUAGUGAUGAUUCCGUCAAGGAUCCUCCCUACCAACCACCUGACAGUCAAGCCCCCGUGUCUCCAAUAAUGUUUGACUACUUUAGUGAAAAUGAUAAUGAACAAUUUAGACAGUUGCCGGUACAAUCAGAUUUAGUCAUAAGCAGUGAUGCUAAUCAUGUUCCAGAUCAAGAAAAUACAGAAAAUGCAAUAAAGAAGAGAGGAAAACGUAAAAGAGAUGAAAAUAACUGGCAAAAGAAUGUUAUGAAAAAACUAAGAAAUGAAGGAAAAUCCUAUGUGAGUACUUCUAAAAAAAUUGUACCAGCGCGUAAAAUUAAAAAUGCCUGUUUUGAAAAAUGCAAAUUGAAGUGCAGCACAAUGUUUACUGAAGCUGAAAGAAUGUCUAUAUUCGAUGAUUAUUGGUCGCUAGGCAGUAUUUUAAAACAGUGGAAUUAUAUUUCUAAUUGUAUAGAGGAUAUAAAACCUAAGUAUCGCUAUGUACGUGAAGGUGGCACCAGAGAAAAGCGCCGGUACAAUAGUGCAUUUUAUUUUAAUUUGCAUGAAGAAAAAAUAAGAGUGUGCAAAUUGUUUUUUAAAAAUACGCUUGGAAUCACAGAUCGACCUAUCCGAACAGUCUUAGAUAAAAAAAAUAAAUUUGCAGGGAAUCUUUUAGCAGACGAUAAUAGAGGGAAACACAAAAAUCACGCAAAAGUGGAUGAUACUAUCCGUAAAGCAAUAAAGGAACACAUUGAUUCUAUUCCCAGAAUGGAUUUCCAUUAUUGUAGAGCCACCUCUUCCAAAGAAUAUAUAGAUGGUGGUAGAUCAAUUGUCGAUAUCCAUAAAGAUUACAUAGAAAUCUGUAAGUCUAAAAACAUUCCAUAUGGGAAUUAUACUCUGUUCUACAGAAUUUUUACGGAAGAAUAUAAUAUUUCACUAUUCCAACCAAAAAAAGAUCGUUGUGAUUGUUGUGUUGCUUAUGAUAACUGUGAAGGCGAAGAAAAAGAAAAGAAGAAGCAAGAAUAUGAUACGCAUUUAAAAGAGAAAGACUUAUGCCGAGCAGAAAAAGUCAAGGAUAAGGAAAAUAAAGAUGCAGUUGUCGCUGUUUAUGACAUGCAAGCUGUGUUCCAAUGCCCCAAAGGGGAUAUCUCAUUAUUUUAUUAUGUAAGCAAGUUAAAUGUCUUUAACUUCACUAUAUACGAUCUUCAUUCUAAAGAUGUAGAAUGUUAUGUUUGGGAUGAAGCUACAGCCAACAGGGACGUUAAUGAUCUGGGCACCUGCCUAUUUAAAUAUUUACAAAAUCUGGCCCAAAACAACAGCACAGUGGAUGUAAUAUUUUAUACCGAUAACUGUGUGGGCCAGCAAAAAAAUAAAAUUAUGUUGUCUAUGUACAUGUUUGCUGUGCAACAUUACCCAAACAUAAAAACAAUUACUCACAAAUAUUUAAUUAAGGGACACACCCAAAACGAGGGUGACUCUGCGCAUUCCCUCAUUGAAAGACAGGUUAAAAAGCAAAUCAGAAGUGGUCCAAUGUACACCCCUGAGUCCUUUAUUAGUGCAAUCAAAGUUGCUAGAUCAAACCCUACACCUUUUCGGGUAAAUAUAAUGAACAAUGAUGAUUUUCUCGAUUGGAAAGAUGUCUGUUCUCAAAUGGGUGUAAACAUAACAAAGGAUGAAGAAGGAAACACUAUCAAAUUUGCAGACUUGAAAGUUGUGAAAAAAAAAUCUGUAGAUGUUGAAGUGAAAAAAGCGUAUGACGUAAAACCAGGAUUAAUUAAGAAGAAAAAAGACGGUUUGUUGGAGUUGAUCAGAAAACAUGCCAUUCCCAGAUAUUACGCUCCUUUUUAUAACUCUCUCUAA